GUUCCCUAGCUCAUUGAUAAUUCAUCUCCAAGUUGCUAUACACAGAUAUCAGAUAAGAUAUCAGUUGAUGUUCUAGAGUUUCAAUGGUGAAGAUAUAAAUAGAGGUUAAACUACGCUAUAAAGUAAACAUCAUCCUCUACAUUCACCAUGUCAUUGUUCUCCAUAUUCCUUUUUUCACUCUUUGCUUUCAUUGCUCAAGCUCAAAUUCCCGCGAAUGAAACUUUCAAGUUUGUCAAUUCUGGAGAAUUUUGGCCUUACAUCGUUGAAUACGAUGCCUCCUAUCGUAUGCUGGAUCUCUUUGCCUCCCCCUUCCAGCUUGCUUUCUACAACACCACUCCCGACUCCUUCACUCUUGCUCUGCGCAUGGGUUUGAAGAAAUCUGAGUCAUACUAUCGUUGGGUUUGGGAGGCCAACCGGGGAAACCCAGUUGGCGAAAACGCUACCUUCUCUCUGGGAACCAAUGGAAACAUUGUCUUGGCAGAUGGUGAUGGUCGAGUGGCUUGGCAAAGCAACACUGCUAACAAAGGGGCGGUGCGCUUCAAGUUGCUUCGAAACGGAAACAUGGUUCUUUACAACUCAAAGGGCAAGUCUGUCUGGCAAAGCUUCGACUCCCCUACAGACACUCUUGUAGCAAGUCAAUCACUAGGUGCCGGAACAGUAAGCAAGCUCGUGAGUCGAGCAUCGGAGACUGAAAACAAAGAUGGACCUUAUAGCUUGGUGGUGGAGCCUAAAGGAUUGGCUAUGUACUACAACAGCAAGAACUCUCCAAAGCCAUUACUCUACUACAGAUCCUCUAAAUGGAUUUCUGUUCCGAAGGGCUCAUCACUACGCCACAUAACAUUGAACGCUGCCCCGGUAGAAGGGGGUCAUGCUUAUGACCUAACCUUGGAGUUUCUAGUCGGAAACUCUACCUCCGGCGGAAAUCUCAUUCUAGCUCGACCAAAAUACAAUAGCACAUCGACAUGCCUUAGGCUUGGAAUUGAUGGAAACCUCAACCUUUACACUUACUACGACAAGGCGCGUUAUGGUGCAUGGGAGACAACAUUCACUCUCUUUGAUAAAGAAUCAGGAGUAUCUGAAAAUGGUUGCCAAUUGCCGGAGCAAUGUGGGAAGUUCGGCCUCUGUGAGAGUAACCAGUGUGUUGGUUGCCCAUCGUCCAAGGGAGUUCUGGGUUGGAGUGAGAGCUGUGAGCCUGAGAAGCUUAGUUCUUGUGGGUCAAAGAGCUUCAGCUACUACAAAAUUGAAGGGGUUGAUCACUUCUUGAGCAAGUACACUAGUGGAGAGGCUUUGAAGGAGCCUGAUUGUUCCAACAAGUGUGCUUUGGAUUGCAAGUGUCUGGGUUUCUUUUACAACAGGGAUGAAUCAAGGUGUUGGAUUGCUUAUGAGUUGAAGACCUUGACCAAAGUUGACAAACCCAGUCAUGUUGGUUACAUCAAGGCACCUAAUCAUUAAAAAUUUUAAACUUGGAACUUUUGCUAUCUAUCAUCUACAAUGUGUUUGGAUGCGGAUGAAUUCCUAAGAAUUUAAUU